UUUUGAACGUAGCCUACACAAGGAAAAUAGCUGUUCGCUGGGGGGAGGGUAGUCCUGAAACAGCUGGCUUGUUUUAAAACGCUGGUAUAUAGAGGUACAGACGUACGAGACCGCACAGCGCUGCAAAACACACAUCCAUUGAAAAGGAGAAAGGAGGUGAAGGAGAGGCGGCGACAAAUCAGAUCUUACCUUGGAUGUGGCUUGGAACCGAAGUUUUUACAGUUGCAUACUUUUUCAGCAGGGGAAGAACAAUCACCGUUUUGUGCUGCCUGCGAAACUUGAAAGAAAGAAAAAACAAACAUAUUUACCGAAUACUACCAGUCAGCAAAACUUAGUGGUCGCGGCAAGCAAGAAGAGGAAUUGAGUUUUUCGAAGAAGGCAAGCACAAGGAAAGAAAGGAAGAAACGCCCUCCGCAACUCCGCCACACUUGUGUAUAUCCCGAUCUGCAUAUGUGGGAGGAAGGAAUCCAGGUGAUGGGCUUACCUGGCUUCGGAAUUAAAUGUUAAUAGAGGCGGACGUGGUGGCGGCGAGGGAGACGGAGGAAGCCGACUUUUGGUUUUGUUUUUGGUGGCGAGACUUUUCUGAAGAUGUCCCUUUGGGUGAUAUUACCUGUCAGUCUGCCAGUCUUUACGAUCACUGGAAUAUGGGUCGUAUAUGCCAUGGCCUUGUACAACAUGCACGUUUGUCCUGUGGAUAACUGGGUUUAUAAUGAGUCCUGUGAGGAGAAGCUGUCUCUACAGGGAGGUCCGGUGCUGUGCUGCACGCUGGACAACGUGCCUCUUAUCAGUAAGUGUGGUACCCUGCCCCCAGAGAGCUGCUUCUUCAGUCUGAUCUGCAGCACGGGCUCCUUCAUGGUGAUGGUGAUCGGCCUGCUGCGGUACGGCCUUGUCGUUGAGAAGUACCAGAACUGUGUGCUGAACACGGCCGGGCUCUCCACUGGCUGGAUCUGUGCUGCAGGCCUCAUCAUGGUGGGAAACUUCCAGGUGGACUACGCCAAGAUCCUGCACUAUGUGGGCGCAGGGGUGGCAUUCCCCACCAGCAUGCUGUUCGUGUGCCUGCAGUCUGCGCUCACCUACCGCCUGGCCAAGACGCAGGGCGAGUACUGCGUGGGUCACCUGCGGCUGGCCAUGACACUGCUGGCCUUCGUCUCCCUGGUGCUCAGUGGCGUCUUCUUUGCCCAGGAGAGCUUUGUGCUGCAGCACGCCUCGGCCAUCUUCGAGUGGGUCUUCUGCAUCAUCAUCAUGCUCUUCUAUGGGACCUUUGCCUUCGAGUUUGGGGGCGUGUCCUGCGAAACGCUGAUGGUGCUGGCCAGGGGCGCGGGGGCCCAACGGGGCCUGUCCCGUGGCGGCAGCGGGCACAAGGCGGAGGCAAUAGGGGGUCCCGUACACCUCCAACACACACCUGAGGGCAUAGCCAUGCUGUAGGGGACCUCAAAGGGGCCACAGAUUGCCUCAGCAAUCACUCACGGGCCCAGAUUGGGCAUUAGCAGAGUAUUCCAAGGUAGGAAAACGGGAACCCAUUGUGGCCCCCUGCCAAAGCUACAGAGGACCCCCACACAUCUGGAGGAUGCCCUGCCUCAUUUUUGCACAAUGAUAAGACACUAAAGGCCCCCUCCAACACUGCCCCCCUCCCCCCACCCCCACCCACCCACCGAAAGGGGUUCCAAAACUGUACACCCCUAUGUGGUGAAUAUUAGACCAAAUACUUCACAGAUGUUGAUGUCAUCAGUGUGCUGCCAGUGCUCACAGACAAGGAGGGUUCUGGGAAUCACCGUAGCCGUGAGAGCAUUUGUGACCCGAAGCCUUACAUCACUCUGGCAGUUCAAACACAGUACUGCACAUGUGCACGUGACUCACACACGAGGAUGCAAACAGGAGUAAGGGAAUUGUUACACUGUAUAAAUUGUUGAAAGACAUGUUAUGAAAAUCUCAAGUGCCUACCUUCCCUGCUGCCUUUAGUAUUUAAUUGUUUGCCCAAUCAAAGAGUGGUGAUGUCAUCCUAAUCAAUGCACCAACGAUGGACCAAAAUAACACAUGCAUGCAUUGUGUGAAGCGCAAAAUUCUAAAUCGAUCAAAUGCUAGUCAAUUGUAAUGGCUUACAAUUGCUCUGUUGCAUUUGUCAAAAGAAAAAUAGCUGUAAAUCAUUUACACAUUACCCAUGCAUUUUUGUUGAUAUCUUACUUUAUAAAUUAAGUAUUUUCUGCUACAUAGUGACAUAUUGAUCUUUAAAUGCUCAGUGGUAGCAGUGUUGGGGAAAAAACAGCUUAGGCUGGAUAUCAGCCAUUGAACAGCUGAUUACCAAAGGCAGUGGAGACUCAGUCUUUCUAGAAUGGUCUGUUUUUCUAUCAGUGGAGAAACUUACCAGGGGCUCUCAAGUGCUUAAACCAAAUCAUCAGAGAGAGGAAAGAAUGCAAACUCAACACCACUUUAUAUGGACAUCCUAGCCACACAUUUUUCAUCAGGGUUCUAAUAAAAUGCUCUCUUUACAGAAGUAUUAAUUCCUUUGUAGAUUUUCACACAUAGAAAUAUUUUUAUUUUGAGAUAUAUCCAAGAGACAUUCGUUUAUAUUUCCCGUGGGCAUUAAUACAGUAUGGGAAGGUGCACCCCUUGCUGUGGGUGCAUUUCUGUUUUCUUCUUCUACAUUUUAAAGUUAUUUGAAAAGAGGUUUUCUUGCUGUUUUCAAGAGAAACCAAAGGGAAAUGUAUGCUUAUAAUGUUUUACUACAGAUGUUAUUUUUUCCAUUUGCUGCAACAUUAUUUUUGUAAUUUAUCCAUUGUACACGUUAUGUCCUCACAGAUAUGAUUGGCCUUUUAAUCAGCUUCUCUGUCAAUAAGACAACCAAAUAAUCUAUGCAAAGAAAGCUGCAUUUAACACUUUUCUUUUGUAAAACAAACAAAGAAGCAAAAAAUGCAAUUACAAGGUUUACAGAAAGAUGGUAUUGCACAGUGGGACGUAACUGAAUUUGUGUUCACAAUUUUGCUUGCCUCAUUAAAAGAUUACCCUGCAUUUUGUGUUCUUGAAAAUGACAGUGUUAAACAAUUUGAUCAGUCAGCCCCAAGAAAAUGCAAAACUAUAAUUUCCCCACUCAGUCUGGUAAUUAAACCCUAUUACUUUAUCUCCCACCUCUGUAUUAUGAAUGAAAAAAUGCACAACAGUUCUCAAAGCCUGCCACACAGACAAGUGGAGACUUUUGUUCAAGGGCCCAAUUUUCUUUUCUCUCAAAGUGUAAUUGCAGCAGAACUGUCUUUACUUCAUAAUUGUACGCCCCCAAAA